UGACGUGAGCUAACCAGCGACCUCUCUCUUUCUCUCCUUCAGACCCCCACACGCGCCCCCGACCACCCCCGCAGCCCAAAGAACAAUCCACACCGACUUCACCAUGUUCAAGGCCACCAGGAUGCUGGCUAUGCAGCCCACCCGAAUGAUGCUCAUGCGUCAAACCGCUCCUCUGUCCAUGCGCCAAACCGUUCCUCUGUACAUCCGCCAGACGGCCCGCAUGAUGAAGCCUGUGCCCAAGGAAGAACACGGUGCUCACACCAUCUCCCAACGCCUCCGCCAGCUCAAGAACAUCCCCGUUGAGAUUAUUCCUCUCCUUUUCGUCUUGGUGGUUGCCGUCGGUGCUGCCUUCUUCUCGCUGGGCAGGAAGCUCGUUGUCGACAAGACCCUCCGCCUCAAGAGGCAGCGCGGUUCUGAAUAGACGCGCCCACAGAACCAAGGUCCGAUUCCGCCUCGAGUCAUCCGCAGUGAGAAACAUUGUGUUAGGUAGACGGGAGGCCUCGGGGGCGGGGGUGAAAGGCAACUUGUAUAAAUUUGGCGAGAGUGGACUCAUCCU